CAGCAGAGGGCAGCGACAGAGACCGCCUGGCACAGCGACUGAGACGGCAGGGGGGGGGAACCGGGGCUCGGCACGUCACCACCCCUCACCCCCCGAGGGUCCCGGGGGUAGGUGGGAGAUCGGCGAGGGAGAUGCGGGCGGCCCUGUGCCUGGGGGGCGCUGAGCCCCUCCUGAGGAGCCGCCCCUCGGAGCUGGGCGUGCUGCUGUGGGCGCUGGCGGCCAUGGCCUGCUUCUCGCUGCUGUCCUGUCAGAAGCCGGACGAGACGUACCCGGUGGUCGCCACCAACUACGGCAAGCUCCGCGGCAUCAGGAAGGAGCUCAACAACGAGAUCCUGGGGCCGGUGGUGCAGUACCUGGGCGUGCCCUUUGCUACCCCGCCAGUGGGGGGCCGCCGUUUCCAGCCCCCCGAAGCCCCCGCCUCCUGGCCCGACGUCCGCAACGCCACCCAGUUCGCCCCCGUCUGCCCGCAGAACAUCCACGGCAUGCUGCCCGAGGUGAUGCUGCCCGUCUGGUUCCUCUCCAACCUGGACGACGUGACCACCUACAUCCAGGAGCAGAGUGAGGACUGCCUCUACCUCAACAUCUACGUCCCGGUCGAGAACGGUCCACUCACAAAAAAAUCAGAUGAUAACGACGCAUUUGGCAGUCUUGAAGAUGAAGAUAUUCGAGACAGUGGCCCGAAACCAGUGAUGAUGUUUGUUCAUGGUGGAUCUUAUAUGGAAGGCACAGGGAACAUGUUCGAGGGGAGUGUCUUGGCAAGUUAUGGAAAUGUUAUCGUUGUCACCAUCAACUACAGACUGGGCGUCCUCGGGUUCCUGAGCACUGGAGACAUGGCCGCCAAGGGUAAUUACGGCCUCCUGGAUCAGAUUCAGGCGCUACGGUGGCUCAGUGAGAACAUUGGCUUUUUUGGUGGUGACCCCAUGAGAAUCACUGUGUUUGGAUCGGGUGCCGGGGCCUCCUGCGUUAACCUCCUGAUCCUCUCUCACCAUUCUGAAGGUAACCGUUGGAGCAAUUCAACAAAAGGUAUUCAGCCGGCACAAACCAUUUGA